AUGUUGAGCCUGGGCCGCGCAGCGAAACGAAAAAAUACCCGCCCUCUCAUCAACUGCGGCGCGGCGCCGUUCGAGUGCGUGCCGACGUACAACGACGAUGCGCACGUUUUCGACCGCACGCUGUUUAUGAACAACUACGGCGUGCGGACGAACGCCAAUCCGGCCUUUGAGGCUUGGAACUGGAAUGCGCCGCUCUGGCUCGGCGUGAACACGAUCAACGUCAACGGCAAGACAACGACGCUCGUCGGCUCAUCCUUCUGGGGGCUUGAGGUCGUCGAGGCUCUGCGCGACCACAUGGAGGAUACGCUGCGCGAGAUCAUGGCGCAGGCGCCAAGGCGAGGGGGAAAGGAGGUACCCGCUUACGGCGCCAAGAAAAACGAAGGCCUCGUAUAA